AUGGGUGCGCUCAAAUACGUCGAAGAACUUCAAAAGAAGAAACAAUCCGAUGUUCUUCGAUUCCUUCUCCGUGUCCGCUGCUGGGAGCUCCGACAACUGAAUGUCAUCCAUCGCGCUUCUCGUCCUUCUCGACCAGACAAAGCCCGUCGUUUGGGAUACAAGGCCAAACAAGGCUAUGUCAUUUAUCGUGUCCGUGUUCGACGUGGUGGUCGUAAGCGACCGGUGCCCAAGGGUGCUACCUAUGGCAAACCCACCAACCAGGGUGUGAACCAACUCAAAUACCAACGUUCUCUCCGCUCCACUGCCGAAGAACGAGUUGGUCGUCGUUGUGCCAACCUGCGCGUCCUCAACUCAUACUGGAUCAACCAAGAUUCAACCUACAAGUACUACGAAGUCAUUCUCGUUGACCCCCAACACAAGGCGAUCCGCCGCGAUCCUCGCAUCAACUGGAUCGUCAACCCUGUCCACAAGCACCGCGAAUCCCGUGGUCUCACCGCAACAGGCAAGAAAUCUCGUGGCUUGGGCAAAGGGCACGUCUUCAACAAGACCACCGCGGGGAGGAGAAAGACCUGGAAGAGACACAACACCUUGUCCCUGUGGAGAUACCGCUGA